AUGACCGACAAUGGCAUCCCGCUGACCACGGUCAGAAGCAAUGCCUCUAGCACCGGGGCCCGCAAGGCCAAUACCGGAAACACGACAUCCUAUGACUCCUCCCCGGAAAAUACCUUUGAGAAGAACGAAUCCGAAAUGCAUCACCGGCAUGCAGGGCGUAGACGAAAACAGGGCGACGACAAGUUGAGCCGCAGAGGCACCGCCGGCUCUGACGAGGUCAGCGUGAAUGCCCUGGGCAGGCUGUACGCCAAGAUUGUCGGUUUCUCCGUCGUCACUCGCUACAUGGUCUACAUUGUCCCCGUGGGCCUCAUCUUGGCUGUGCCAGUCUUGAUCUUUCGCUUUACGGAUUUUGGAGACGGUACCUUUGUCGGCGGCAGAGAUGGCCCUACCCUCUUCUACCUGUUUCUCUGGAUUCUAAUUGCUUGGUGUGCCCUCUGGGUGGCCAAGAUUGCCGCUUGGGUGCUUCCCAAGGUCUUUAUGUUUUUCUGCGGCAUCGUCAGCAUGGGCGUGCGAAAGUAUGCCACGGUUUUGAAGAACCUGAGUAUUCCUCUGUCGCUCUUCUUCUGGGCUCUGGCCGCCUGGCUCUCCUUCAAGGGACUCUUCAACGAUGCCUUGAGCAAGAACGUCGUCUGGGUUAGAAACAUGGAGCGGGUGCUUGGUGCCUUGUUUGUGUCAUUGGUCGUGUUUUUGGUUGAAAAGGCUCUCGUUCAGCUCAUCGGUGUUUCCUAUCACCAGCGUUCCUUUGCCAACCGAAUCAAGGCCUCCAAGCGUGAAAUCCACCUCCUCGGGCUCCUCUACGAUGCCUCGCGGACCCUCUUCCCCAUGUAUUGCGAAGAGUUUGCCGAGGAGGACUACAUCAUCAACGACAGUAUCGAGAUGAUGCUGCGUGGAAAAAAGGGCAAAAUGAUGGGGGGCAACGGCGCUGCUACACCUAUGAAGAUUAUCGGCGACGUUGGCCGGUUUGGAGACAAGGUCACUUCUGUGGUGGGCCAUGUUGCCAAGGAGAUUACCGGAAAGCAAGUGUUCAACCCCAACUCGGCCCACUCGAUUGUUCUUGAAGCUCUGGAAAAGAAGCUUCCGUCCGAAGCCCUGGGCAGGCGUAUCUGGAUGUCCUUUGUCCUCGAGGGCAAGGAUGCCCUUUACCUGGAAGAUUUCGAGGAGGUUCUCGGCCCUGCGUACAAGCAAGACGCGGAAGAGGCCUUCAAUAUGAUAGAUUCAGACUCGAACGGGGAUAUCAGUCUCGAUGAGAUGGUUCGCAAGACGGUUGAGAUGGGCACGGAGCGCAAGGCUAUUGGUGAAGGUAUGAAGGAUAUUGGGCAGGCCCUCAGAGUCUUUGAUAAGGUCCUGAUGUUUGUGGUUCUGUUGAUUACCAUUCUCAUUUUUCUCGUCUUUUUCCAGAGCAGUGUUGUCACCAACCUUGCCACGGCUGGAACUGCGCUCCUCUCAUUGUCCUUUGUCUUUGCUGUGACCACUCAGGAAUUCCUGGGUUCGUGCAUUUUUCUUUUUGUCAAGCAUCCUUACGACGUGGGCGACCGUGUCGAAGUUGGUGGCACACAGAUGCUGGUUGAGAGGAUCUCCCUGUUGUACACCGUCUUCACCAAGACUGCGCAGAACCAGUCUACGCAGGUACCAAACAUUGUGCUGAAUAAUCUUUGGAUCGAUAAUGUUUCACGCAGCAAGGCCAUGACGGAAUCCUUCCAGGUUGACGUGUCGUAUGACACGUCCUUUGAAGACAUUGAACUGCUCCGUGCCGAAAUGGAAAAGUUUGUCAGACACCCCGACAACUCUCGUGACUUUAAGCCCGAUUUCACCAUUGGCGUGGGCGGAGUGGGCGAGCUCGACAAGCUCACACUGGAAAUCUCCAUCCAGCACAAGUCAAACUGGCACAAUGGUGUUGUCCGCGCCACCCGUCGCUCCAAGUUCAUGUGCGCCUUGGCUCUCGCACUCAAGAAGGUUCCCAUCUAUGGACCGGGAGGCGGUGCCGAGGCUCUGGGCGGGCCUACUAACCCGACUUAUUCGGUCGCAGUGACGGAUGAGUGGGCGUCCAAGAGCCGUGAUGCCGUCGCCAAGGACAAGGACGCUGGGCGCAUGGUCCCCGUCCAAACUGGCCAGACAGACGCCGAACACCGCUCUGCUGAAGAACACGCGGCGGCGGAACUCAACGCGCGGUCAUUGGCGGUGGAGACGUCGGGUAACUGGGGUGAGUUCCGUGACGACCGGUCGCAGCGAUCGCCGUCUGAAGACCCCCGACGGUCGAGGGACAUUGAGUCGGUUCGCAAUGAACUACUCAAGAAGGAGAGCCAGCGCGGACGGCGAAAAGCCGGCGAAGGCCUGCAGACUCUGAGUCCAACGGAGACGCAUGGAGGAUAUUCGGCGCACAGCCCUCGGGCAGGGCCGUUUGACGAAGAAGCCCAGACGGGCAUACCGCAACGCUUCUACAGCGUCAGCCGUAGCCACGAGCCUACUGUCCCAGAAGAGGAGGAGGGAUUACACCCAACCGGGCCGUACAGCGUGGGCGGUCUGUCGCACAAACCAUCGCGGGGUCCGUCAUCCGGUCAUCGUUGA